CCCAGUUGAGCUCGGUGAGGAGGAGACGCAGUGCACGGCGGCUACUCUGAAAUAAACACAAUUACCACCUCUGGACGGUCGACAACGACAGGAGGAAAAAGAUUGUUCUUGCAGCAGAGUGAACCAUCCCCCACACCAUGUCCCAGGACAAGAGUGGAUACCCUGUUAUGGGUGAGACCAACCCACUCCAUAACAACGUCUAUGGACCCCCUCAGCCAGGUUUUGGCAUGCCCCCUCCCAACUACAGCCAGGCACCCGGGGGACCGUACCCACCAGCAGCCGGCUAUGGUCAGCCGGGCUAUGGUCAGCCGGGCUAUGGUCAGCCGGGCUUUGCCCAGGCAGGCCCAGGUUUCUCCCCUGGUCCAUACCCACAGAUGCCUUACCCUCAGAUGCCCUACCCACAGGGACCCUACCCUCAGGGGCCUUACCAGCAAGGACCCACGCAGCCAGGCUUUCCUGGAGAACCCACUGCACCUGCAGGCAGCCCUGGUUACCAUGGUGAUGGGCCUCCAUCUUACUACGACAAUGAAGAGUUCACCAACUCUGGCUUUGAAGACAAAACCAUCCGACAAGCCUUCAUCAGAAAAGUCUUCAUGGUUCUCACUGUGCAGCUGCUGGUCACAUUCUCAUUUGUUGCCGUCUUCACCUUUGUGGAUGAUGCCAAGGAUUUUGUGAGGCGUAAUACAUGGACAUACUAUGUGUCCUAUGCAGUCUUCUUUGUGUCUCUGAUCGUCCUCAGCUGUUGUGGAGAGUUCCGCCGUAAGCACCCCUGGAACUUGGUUGCACUGUCCAUCCUGACCCUGAGUCUCUCCUACAUGGUGGGAAUGAUAGCCAGCUUCUAUAACACAGAGACAGUCAUCAUAGCUGUGGGCAUCACUGCUGUGGUCUGCUUCACUGUCGUCAUCUUCUCACUACAGACCAAGUAUGACUUCACUUCCUGUUGGGGCGUACUGUUUGUUUGCCUGAUCGUGCUGUUGGUCUUCUCCAUCCUCUGCAUCUUCAUCCGCAGCAACAUCUUGCACAUCGUCUAUGCCUCACUGGGGGCACUUCUGUUCACCUGCUUUUUGGCUGUGGACACUCAGCUCCUCCUGGGCAACAAGAAGCUGGCCCUGAGUCCAGAGGAGUAUGUUUUUGCUGCCCUCAACCUCUACACUGACAUCAUCAACAUUUUCCUCUACAUCCUGGCUAUUGUGGGACGCACCCGUGACUAAAGCUGCACCUUAGAGAAAACAGAAUGGAGAUGGAGGAUGCCUCUCUUCAUUGUGACAUUGCUAACAUUGCCAGUUACCUCUGAUUCUUUCAACUUUUUCUUCACACCCCCCCCCCCCCCCCCCCCAUGAUACUUGUUUCCUCUCCAAUCAUAUGCACAGUUCUAGUUUUUAAGCAGGUAGUUGAGCUGUGGAUGUCAUAAAAUGCAGCUGAGAGUGUCAUGAGCUCUCUUUUUCUGAAUUUUGAACACUGCUUGCUCUAACUGUCCUCUGCUUCUACUAACACGGACAUCCACAUUAUCUAAAACCCCAACUUCAAGUUUGACUUGCCACAUAAAGUUAAAAAAAUAACAUGUUAUCCUGUGGGUGCUUGGCACUGAGCUGUGCCUUGCUACAGAGAUUAUAAUAGAAAGAGAGCUGGGAAGAUAUCAGUAGCGCUUAAUAUUGAAGCUGACCAGCUUUGCCUGAAGAGGAGAAGUUAGUGCUAGAAAUACACUCCACCUCAAAUCUGUCUGUUUUCCUAAACUUAACUCUCCCUUUCAGCCUGCUGGUGUAACUCUGCAUGGCAUCAAUGGAAACAUGACUUAAGAUGUGUUUUUGAUUCUCUAAAACUACCAGAGGGAUACCUCUAGCUUACUUGUCACAGCUGUAAAUAAUACAUGUAUUACUGCAUAUGAUGCCAAUACCCUCCCCUCCACAUCUGGAAAGGCAUGCUGGAGUGAUUUGUAUGGAUGUGUUGCUUGAUGGGGGAAAAACAUGCUGACAUCAGAACAUAGCUUACACAGUACAAGAACUAAAAUCUUUCAAUGGCAUAAGAAUGAAGAUCACCACUGGAUGUAUAUGACACACAAACAUAAAUUAAUAUUUAUAAGUGCUAUAUAUUCUUAUGGGAUAUUGUUUGCAAAGGAAGAAAAAGUAUGUUCUUAAUUAUUUGUGUGAUUUCAAAGCUGAGAUGUUCCCUUACCUUCUCUUUUUUUCUCCCUUUCUGUCCUCACUAAUUUCCUCUUGUCUGGUCAUUAACGUGAAAUGAAAAUUUAGUGCUUUAUUUAUAUUUUUUUCUCAUUACGACUAAUGUGAAAUAUUUAAGUUUUGACAUUUCUGACCACUUUUAUACCAAGCUGUUUGGCAACUUUAUUCAAAAUUUUGGAAUACCGAUUUUGGAGUGCCACUGGGUCUGGACUUGAAGGAAAUGGUACACAAUAACUUUAUUUAUUGAGCUCAGUGUAGGGGUUGCAGGGUUGCUUUAAAGUCGCUGUAAGCUGGAUUUAAUGAAGAUAAAAGCAGACUGUUUCGAAAAGUAUAAACUUAUUUACGCUCAACAAAGUGAAACUGACAAAAGGAGUCAUGCACUGGAAGCCAAAAUACUCUUACACACACACAACCUGAAUGAUAUAUUUAACAUGUAUGACUUUUUUUUUUAAUCCUGUAUCUUCUUUCGAUUUUUCACUUCUUGCAUGACCCUCUACUCACAUUUGCAUGUGCUGAUAAUGCACAGUGUACAGGUAUUCUUGUUUUGGAGGGACACCAUGUUGUCUAGCAGCCCUGUUAGACCUUUUUUUUAAACUCUUGUGUUUGUAUCUUACUAAUGUGCAAGUGUAUAUAGAACUCCUUAGUGGUUUGAUGUGUAUAGAUGAAGUAAUUUUGGGCUUUGUAGGUCUGUUUGCAUUGUAUAUUUGCAUUAAAUUUAAAGUGGAACCACAUUCCUCUACACUGCUGUUUUGCUUUUCAUUAAAACGGAUACAAUGUAAAGGUGUGAAACUUUGUGUGGUCUUUUAUGUUAAGACAUUCUUCUGAUAAAACUGUUAUUGAGUUGAAUAACUACAUCUUGACCAAUCAGUGUAGCCAAUUUUACUGGCUAAUUUCAAUUUGUAAUGUAUGAAUGUAAAUGUUG